GACAACCUGGGAGCGUCUUCCUCACAACGCUGGUCUCUGAGUUGGUCCGCUGCGGAGGGCGUUUUUGACUCAGCAUGGGUCCAAAAACAAAAAAGCCUGGCAAUAAGAAAAAGAAAAUCAGCAAAGCUGAACGAUUGAGGCAGCUACAAGAGGAGGAAGAGAGACGACAAAAAGAGGAAGAGGAAGCCCGUUUGAAAUAUGAAAAAGAAGAAAUGGAAAAGCUUGAAAUAAAACGAAUCGAGAGAGAAAAAUGGCGACAACUUGAAGCAAAAGAUCUAGAAAGGAGAAAUGAAGAACUUGAAGAACUUUAUUUAUUAGAGAGGUGUUUUCCUGAAGCAGAGAAAUUGAAACGAGAGACUAGAUUGCUUUCUCAGUGGAAACACUACAUUCAAUGUGAUGGGAGUCCUGAUCCUUCAGUAUCCCAAGAAAUUAAUACCUUUAUUAGCUUGUGGAAAGAGGAAACAAAUGAGACUUUUGAAGAAGUGAUUGGAAAAAGUAAACUAGUGCUAAAUUUAAUUGACAAGUUGAAAUUAAUUUUAUUGGAAACGCCACCAUAUGAUUUGCAAGAUAAAAUAGUAACACAGUACCAAGGAUCAAUUCUAGAACUGCAAGAGCUUCUUCAUUGCAAGUUUAACACUGCCACAGAAAUACUUCUCAGACAAGCUAGUACUUUAGCAGAUCUGGACAGUGGAAAUAUGGAAAAAGUCAUUCAAGACGAAAAUAUUACUCUGUAUGUGUGGGCAAACCUCAAGAAGAAUCCAAGGUACAGAAGUGUCAGAUUCUCUGAAACACAAAUUGGAUUUGAAAUUCCAAGGAUAUUAGCAACAAGUGACAUUGCUCUACGACUCCUACAUACUCACUAUGAUCACGUCACUCCGCUGCGUCCCGUUCCAACGUCAUUACAGGAACACACUUCCACAAUAACUAACCUUGUCAGAGACGAAGAAAAGAAUUUAGAAGCGGCAAUCAGCAAAGAGAUGCAAGAAGAGUGUAAACAAGAAGAAAAUGAGUCUAACUCGGUUCAUGAGGAAGAAAUAAAAGUUGAGGAUCAAGGUGAAACUGAAGUAAAAAUGAGUUCGGUCCAGGAAGAACCUGAAGUCACAAAAUGUGAACUAGAGAUGAAAUUAAUAAGUGAAACAGUUUUAGCAGCACAGUUGUUGCUGUUAGAGAAUGCUCAUGAAAAGCCGAGUGACCUUGACGACAAUGAGGUUGACUUAUGCCAGUUCACAACUCUGGGUGGAGUCUACCACUUGGAUAUUUUGGAGCUUCCCCCGCAGUGCAAACCAAUGAAGGGCUGGAUGGUCAUGGAAAUACUCAAAGAAGGAUUACAGAAAUACAUAUAUCCUCCAGAAACUACAGAAGACUUUGAAACAGACUACUCUUUCCCACCCAUCGAGGUCACCCUUGAGGUUCAUGAGAAUGUGAUCUUUUUUGAGGAUCCUAUGGUUGCAAGGUGGGACGCUGAAGGUAAACAUUGGAAAACUGAUGGCAUCAGCAAUGUAUCUUACAAAUCAGAAGAGAGACUUAUAACAUUCAACCUGGAAACUUUUGGCCCUGUUACCUUGAUUCAAGACUCUCAUAUUAACAUGCCAUACCAGUCCUGGGAACUAAGACCACUUGAUGUGAAUAAAGUACUUUUGUCUGUGACUACAAUAUUUGCUGAGAUUCAAAUACAGAUUAAGGAAAACCUCUGCAUGUUAGCUUCAAUCAAAGUAAAUAAUAAAAAGCAUUCCUCUAUUUUGGAAGGAAGAUGGAUGACUCCUGUUUCUUUCAUUACCGCUUUGAAAGAAGCUGGAUUGAAUAUCUUCCCUACUCGACACUCUCAUUUUUAUGUUAUUAUAAACUAUAAGGUUCCUUUGACAGAAAUGAAAGCUUAUCGACAAAUGGCCCUGCUAAGUUCUGCUUUUGCGUUUGGUUGGAGCAGGUGGAAUAUGCUAUGUGAUUCUAAAAAAGUUGUAUUUAAGGUGAGGGAACACCUUCGUAAAGAAGAACCUAUUGAGGAUCCCAAUUGGGCCCUUUUGAUGUUUAGUGGUGACAGAGCACAAAGGCUCAAGAUCGACGAAUACAGCGAUACGUUCUCUGAAGCCCUGAAAGAAGAAACUGAGUUUCAUUCUACUUUGUAUCACAUGGUUAAGGAUUUUGCUUCUGAAGAAGCAAUGGAGAAAAUCAGGAGCUCCAACGACCAGUUCAUUGACUCUGUGGGCCACAUGCUGCUCUUGACUAGGGUACUCAGCUAUUCUUAAUCCCCACUCAUACAUUUUAUUCAGUAUGAAGAAUCAAGCAACUUGGAGAGAAAUCAGGCAUUGCUUCAAU